UCCCAGCCCGGGGCCGUUCGCGCCUGCGCGUUAGGCACUGAGGACGCCACGGGGGGUAGCUUGGCAACCUGGUCGCCUGGCAACGGCGUGCGCUUCCGGGACCACGCGCUGAGGCAGUGGUUUCUGCAGAGCUUUGUUUUGGAAGCUAGAGAGUUGCCCUCUGCAGGCGUGGAAAGAUGGCCCAUGCCUGGAUCUCCAUGUACCUGCCCCCCGACAUCAACCCCACCCAGGCUGCCAUUGCCUAUGGCUGUCGGGCCCUGCCCAAGCUGAACGAGGAGCUGCAGUCAGAGGACCUGCUGACGAGGCAGAAAGCCCUCAUGGCUCUGUGCGACCUUAUGCAUGACCCUGAGCAUGUCUAUGUGGCCAUUGACACAGGCUGCCUGGAGAGCCUGAAAGCUUUGCUGAAGGAUAACAAUGACAUGGUGCGGAUAAAGACCACUGAGGUGCUCUACAUCAUGGCGACCCAUAAUGUGGGCAGAGAGGGCUUUUUAGAGCACGAUGUCAUCCUUGCCUUGUCCUACCUGCUGAACGACCCUCAGUCAGCCUGCCGGAAGAACCUGCACCUGGCGUUCAAGCAUGUGGCUCAGCUACCUUCAGGAGCCCAGGGCAUUGUCAACAGUGGCCUGAUCCCCUCACUCGUGUGGAAGCUGCAGAGGGAGGAGGAAGAGAUCCAGGGGCUCCUCUUGGACACACUGGCGGCCUGCCUGAUGGAGGAUGCCACCGAGGCGCUGGGUAGCCACGUGGUGCCCUUCCUGAAGCAGAAGCUCCUUAGCACCAAUGAUGACAUUCGCAGCAAAGCUGCCCGCACACUCAUUGCGGUCAGCAUCCCUCUGGAGGGCAAGAACCAGGUGUGGCAGCAUGACGUCAUCCCCAUCCUGGUGCACCUGCUGAAGGACAGCGUGGAGGAGGUGCAGGCCAAUGCCGCCGGGGCCCUCAUGUAUGCCACGGUGACAACUCAAGAACUAGAAAAAGUAAUCCUAAAAUUUGUUUGGAAUGACAAAAGACCCUGAAUAGCCAAAGGAAUCCCGAGAAAGAAGAACAAAGCUAGAGGAAUCACACUUCUUGAUUUCAAACUAUAUUACAAAGCUAUAGUAAUCCAAAUAGUAUGGUACUGGAAUACAAAGAGAUGCAUAAACCAAUAGAGCAGAAUUGAGAGUCCAGAAAUAAACCCAUACAUAUACAGCCAACUAAUAUUGGACAAGGGAGCCAAGAACACUCAAUGAAGGUGGUCUCUUCAAUAAAUUUGUCCUGGGAAAAUAGGAUAUUCACAUGCAAAAAAAUAAAACUAGAUCCCUAUCUUAUACCACUCACAAAAAUUAACUCAAAAUGGAUUAAAGAUGGGGCACCUGGGUGGCUCAGUCAGUUAAGCAUCUGACUUCGCCUCAGGUCAUGAUCUCACCAUUUGUGAGUUUGAGCCCCGUGUCAGGCUCUGUACUGACAGCUCAGAGGCUGGAGCCUGCUUCAGAUUCUGUGUCUCCCUCUCUCUCUGCCCUUGCCCCACUCGUACUCUCUCUCUCUCUCAAAAAUAAACAAACAUUAAAAAAUUAAAAAUGGAUUAAAGACUUAAAUAUGAGACCUGAAACUAUAACUCUCAGGAGAAAAGAUAGGAAAUAAGCUCCUUGAUAUGGGUUUUAGCAAUGGUUUUUUGGAUAUGACUCCAAAAUCUCAAGGAACAAAAGCAAAAAUAAACAAAUAGAACUAGGUCACGCUAAAAAGCUUCUGCAUAACACAAGAAACAACAAAAUGAAAAGGCAACCACAGAAUGGGAUAAAAUAUUUGCAAACAACACAUCUGAUAAGGGGUUAAUAUCCAAAAUAUAUAAGGAACUUAUACAACUCAAUAGCAAAACAAAAUAUAACAUAUUCCAAGUAAUCCAAUUAAAAUCUGAG